GAAGUUUACCUAGAAUUUAAAAUGUUUACUAUCUUUAAUGAAAUGAAAUGGGCGGUGACUCCUAGUCUGUUUGGCCUGGGAAGACCCUGGAAAGAUUCACUGACCAAAUCUCUAACCGUGAGUCUUACAUCAUUCUUUCCAUAUCGGAUAAUUAUCAUAACUAGAAGCGUUUUUUCCUGUAACUCCCGAUUUGCCAUCGUGCCUAUUCGUUUGAAAAUGUUUUUGAGAUUAGCCCACUAAAGUGAGCCUUGUUUACACUAGUAAGGCUUCUAUCACUUCUAUCUGAUUCAGCAGUAUGAAUAUUUUGUUCAUAUUUAUUUCACUUUGUAUUUCUAAUAUAUAUUGUGAUCUUAAAGGAAAUAGUCGAUCAGGAUGCACGGGGCAUACCUAUCGUUGUACAAAUGGGAAUUGCAUUCCAUCAACUUCUGUUUGUGAUGGUGCAGUAGACUGCAGGGAUCGUAGCGAUGAAACCUAUGCUUUGUGUCACAAUUAUUAUGUAUGUCCUCGCUAUGCAUUUCGUUGUGGUUAUGGAGCUUGUGUCGACUAUAAAGCAACUUGUAAUGGAUCUCAAGAUUGUGCUGAUGGUUCUGAUGAAAGUUUGCCAAAGUGUUUCAAUUCAAGUUCUAUUGUUAAAGUAUGCAAGUCUCUUGAAUUUCAGUGUGAUUCUGGACAGUGUAUUGACGAACUUUCAAUGUGUGAUGGACGCAGUGACUGUAUUGAUGGUUCUGACGAGAGUAUCACUCAGUGUAUUACUUUUCGAUGCCCAAAAUAUGGCUUUCAAUGUGCAUAUGGUGGAUGUAUCGAUGAAAAAAAGAAAUGUGAUCACAAAGAAGACUGUAAAGAUGGUUCUGAUGAAGACCCUGAAAUUUGCAGCAUCCAGGAGGCUAGUACAACUCCAAAACCAAUCAUAAAACCGCCAAAAUGGAAUUUUGGUGGUGGCUGCACAUUGCCUGAGAAACCUAAUAAUGGAGAUUAUAAAGUGAUAUCUGGCUGUAUUGAAGGUGGCAAGUGCAAUCAAAACGAUGCCUUAAAUUUUUCAUGCGAUCCUGGCUACGUAUUAUCAAUGGAACAGAAGUUGUUAGUAUGCAAACAUGGAAACUGGGAUCCUCAGCCUCCAACUUGCCUAAAACUAUGCAGAGGAUUACAUUCGCAUUCUUUGAACUUAGAAUGUCGCUACGGUGACAAAGAAGUGAGCUGUAAAGAAGCCAUGAGGCCAGGAACUGUACUCAAAGCAGAAUGUAAAAAUACCUACCACGCCAGUGACUCCAAUGCUGAGUUCAAAAAAACGGAAUGCUUAUCAGACGGAAAUUGGCAUAAAAAACUAUACACUUGCCUCCCGGAUUGUGGUAAAAGGUUUGCAGUUACCCCUUUGAUAGAAGGUGGCAUUGUUGUCAAGCCGUCCGAAUUCCCAUGGCACGCUGGUUUCUAUCUCAAGGACGGAGAAAUUCCUGAAUACAAAUGUGGUGGAACAAUAAUUCAUCCCAAAGCUGUAUUGACAGCUGCCCAUUGUGUAUUUGAUGACAACACGAAUAGGCUAAGAAAUACAAAUAAAAUGUAUGUUACUGUUGGCAAGCACUGGAGCAAAUGGAAUCACAAAAAUGAUAGUUUAACCGAACAGAUAUUUAGGGUGUCUGAAAUAAUUAAGCCAAUCCGAUACAAAGGGAAAUCUACUUUAUAUGAGCAUGAUAUAGCAAUACUCAACCUUGACAAAUCAAUCGAGUUUAGCUCUGCUGUUAUGCCAAUUUGUUUAGAUAAAGGAAAAAAAUUUCUUCGUAUGGACCAAAGAUCUAAUGCAGUUGGUACUGUUGUGGCUAGUGGUCCAACACGAUAUGGUGGUCCUGUAAGUGAAGAGUUAAGAGGUGCUAAGUUCCCACUUAUGGAGUACCGCAGGUGUGUUGAAAUAUCCAGUAAUGCUGGAAAACCUGGUAUUAUCUCUUUCGAUAAGUUUUGUACAGACAUAACUAAAGGUCUCAGCUUGCAGCCAGGAGACAGUGGUAGUGGCAUGACAUUUCCCAGGUUUUUUGGUGUUGAAGAAGAGCAUUAUAUUUAUGGAAUCGUUAGCUUGUGGCCUUCGGACAGGUUUACAGAAAUAACUGCAUUUACAAAUGUUACUGAACAUAUACAAUGGAUAGAAGAUAGUAUAAAUGCAAUUGAAAAAAAAUGGAACAAAGAAACAUCUAAUACUGUUUGAUAUUAAUAUUUACAGUUGCAAUUAACUAUUAAUUGCUAUUUAUUUAUUUAAUUUUUAAAAAAACUCCAGCUGUUUUGUAAAAAUACACUCACCUUGAUAAAUAGAUUAUUUAAACAUUUCCAUCAAUUGUUGUAUUGUUACAUGAAAUUAAUUUACAACUAUCUAUGAUUAUUGAUUUAGGAGUUUCCUUAUUGACUGUUGAAAUAAAAUUUUGGUGACUAUAA